GAGCAACAGUAACGGUGCCAAUGGUUGCUAGUUGCGGCAACCUUAACGGUCCACUCGUGGAACAGCAGAACUAGCCGCGUCGUGAAUAUCUACAUCUACGAUCACGGAAAUAGGAAUAGGAAUUGAAGCACCAACACAACUAGUUAUACGUGCGUGUAACGUGUAACCGCUCUGUCGUAACUGAACCAUCGCGCGACCAGUUGGAGGGCAACAGCUGCCAACCGCGUAUUCCCACUUGGCGAUUUUGCACCAAAAACUUUUGCCAACAUCGACGACGACGACGUCUUUCUUUCGAAAGAUGUUCUAGUCUGCCGCCGGUUGGUUCGCGACAACGACCAUACGAAAAACGCGAGUGUCAACUUUCUCUUUCCCUCGAGCGACUUUCUGCACGCGGGAUACGAAGGAUGGCGUCGAACCGGAACAUAAAAGACUUGCUCACGUGCAGACAAGUGUUAAACAUCAUGGUGAUAUUGGGUUUCAUGUUGAACUAUAUGUUACGCGUCAACAUGACGAUCGCCAUCGUGUCGAUGGUAAUUCCGAGCAACGAUAGCUCUCGUUCCAGCAGAAUUCACCUUUCGAACGAAUGCUUCGAAUCUUCCCCCCCCCAGCGAACCGCUGCAAACUUAUUUGAUAAUGGAACAACGAGAAGAGAACCGAAGACGACGACCACUGACGAUGCAACUUCCCCGACCAACGUUUCUUCUUUCGUUAAAUUCCCUACACAUGAGGAAGUGAAUGAAACUAGGUACCCGUGGAACGAAUACCAAGUGAAUCUUGUACUGGGAAGUUUCUUCUGGGGCUACAUCUGCACCGAAUUACCAGGCGGAAGACUGGCGGAGAUCGUAGGCCCGAAGAGGGUGUUUGGAUACAGUAUGCUGUUAUCGAGUGGUAUAACGCUCUUAACACCGUUAUCCGCCACUUAUGGAUACAUUAUGGUGGCAGGUUUAAGAACCGUUCUUGGAUUCAUGCUGGGAGCGACUUGGCCCGCUAUGCAACCCAUGACUGCUCGAUGGAUUCCACCGACCGACCGAAGCAAAUUUGUCUCCAACAUGAUGGCUUCGUCGCUCGGUGCGGCGAUAACGAUGCCGAUGUCUGGAUUUCUCAUCGCUUCUUUCGGAUGGCAAUCCGUUUUCUACGUAACCGGUACGAUCGGGCUGCUUUGGAGCAUAGCCUGGUUUCUAUUGAUAUUCGACUCUCCAGCUCAGCAUCCAAGAAUCUCCGUCAAAGAACGUCGAUACAUCGAAGAUGCGAUUGGCUCGACUGCCACCACAAAGCGAUUAGCCGUUCCAUGGAAGUCCAUCUUCACCUCGAUUCCAGUUUGGGCCAUCAUUGUGACGCACGCAUGCAGCGUGUUCGGUUACUUCACCGUUGUCAAUCAACUACCAACGUACAUGAAAUACAUUUUGAAUUUUAACAUUAAAGAGAAUGGAAUACUGUCUUCUUUGCCGUAUCUUGGUAAAUACAUAUUCGCCGUGUCGAUGUCUUCCUUGGCCGAUUAUUUACUAAGAACAAAAAAGUUGUCUAUAACUGCCAUUCGAAAAAUUUUCACUACGUUCGCCAUUUUGAGCCCAGGACUGUUGAUGAUAGUACAAGCUUAUCAUGGAUGCGACCGUGUCACGUCCGUAGCCAUCUUCACCAUUGCUUUAACGAUCAACGGAGCGGUAACGGCAGGUUACCUAGGAAACAGCCUGGACAUUGCACCAAAUUUUUCCGGGACCAUCUUCGGCAUGGCGAACACCCUUAGCUCUUUCGGUGGAUUCCUCAGCAGUUAUAUGGUCGGCACGCUAACUUACAAAAAUCAGACCUACGCUCGAUGGAGCAUCAUUUUCUGGGUUCUAGCUUCGACUUAUUGUUCUGGCGCUCUUACCUUUGCUAUCUUCGGCAGCGGCGAACUGCAGAAAUGGAACAAUCCUGAGCAGAUCGAAGAUAGAGAGAAGGCAGACGCAGCGAUAUCUCUUACUUCAAAACGCGAAUCUAUAUCGCUGAAAGAUCAGACGAUUUCUUAACCAUUUCUUCAACAUUUCUUACAGUUUCAAAAUAGAAUUUGCGCGCUUCGAGAACGCUACUCGUAACACUCUCUGCCGGUAAAGAAUGAUAGCGGCUUGAAAAUGAUUGCGUAUCAAAACUCGGUUAGGUAUAUGUAUACAUACAUUUUAUAUUUUUAACGCAUUUCAUGCAUUUUAAUGCUAUUAUACGAAAUAUACGAUCGAUGCAGAAUAUAUUGCGACUUCUAAUAAGCCGAGAAAAUGAAAUACGAUGGAAAAAGUGAAUGAAAAUUUACCACUUUUAGUUUUAACAUUGCACUGUUAGAUGUCUACAGCUGUACAAUUUGAUCAACAUAAUAAAAUAACAUAAAAAAA